GGGAACGAAUUUGCUUUAGUUCAGGAUCUUAUUUUUGUAAAUAACCUUACCUACCAUAACAAUAUCAAUAUGUUGGUGAGUCUUUAAAUGCUGGGAAGUAAUUCGUAGGAAGCGCUCUAUGUAAACAAAAAGUUCUAUGAAACGUUCUAUGUAAAAAAAUCAGCAAGUUUUAAACUAAAAACCUGACUCAACUAAUCAGCCUAAUACUUUCUUCCCUUAUAAAAUUUCCUUUGCUAAGUCUUGGGCUGCACUAUAUUUAAAUUCCAAAUCAGUGAAUAGUUCCCCAGUCUCGAUGCUCAAGUGCAGAACCCUUUUUGAAAUUAUCCCUCCUUUUGCUAAUCUCGCUCUUCAAGUAUGGAUAGCACUCGUGCUGAUGAAUAUUUUAGUAAUAAGAGACUGCCUUAGUAAUUUUCUGUGGAUAGGUUUGAAAUUGGAAAACCUAGUGAAUUCGAUUAUAAAAAUUUUAUGUGCAAGCUAUUCAUUACUUUGGGCUUCGUUUUUAAAUAAAGUUCAAAUGAAUUUUUCCGAGCCAAUUUAUUGGAAACGGACAUACAAUAAGCUAGAAAAUGGCGAGGAUUCUUCAAGCUUGGAUAAAACUCCUCCUAGAUUUCAAGUGCAAAGAAAUGAAUUAUCAGUAGAGAGUAAAAAAUGUGGACAAUUUAUGAGCCAAGAUUGUCAUAGUAUAAAUGAAAGAUUGUGCUUUAAAAAUUUAAUUAGAUCUUCUCGUUAUGAUUCACCAGUUAUUGAAUUAAUUAAGCGUAACGUUGGCACCCAAACCUUAAAAGAGCAAGAUGUUUUAAACAAUGACUGUCUAGAUUUGCAAUCUCCUACCAACACUUCUAUUCUUUCAAUUUUCGGAGAAGGACAAUUGGUUUCCGCAGAAGCAUGCAGUAAUUGCUUGAACAACAGCGAUAUUGGAAAACCAGUUACCAUGAAAUGCAAAUUUACUCCUGUAAGACACUCAAGCGUAUCCCCUAAACUUAAGAAUGGUACAAGUUCAAGAAGUUUGAGCUCAGAGUUUGAAAAAAGUGCAUCGUCAUCAGAGAAUCAAAAUGUUUCAAGAACCACAUCUGAAAAUGUUCCCGAAGAGUUUGUUGACAUACCUUUGGAGUCACCAAGAAAUAUCUCGCAGCUCUUGGAAAGCCCUCUAUGUCAAAUUAAUCUCGACUCCAUGAAAAAUUUGCGAUUGACUUUUUCAGAAGAUAUUUGUAUUCCAACACUGUCACCCAAAGAAAAAUCAAUCUUUAGAAAGAGUUGGAAUAAGCUCAAACUAGUGCGCAAAGUGAAUAAAGGUUUCCUUGAAAUGAAAAAUCUGAAACGAAGAAAUCCUGAUGGAAUAUCAAUUAUAUCCCGACAACCUUUAGCUGGAGUAAAAUGUACCGCAGCUCCUAGCCAAAAAGACACAAAGAACUUAACUGCAGAUGUCGAAGAUUCAGAGAUCAUAGGUUGCUGCAGUUUGUUCCAUAAAUUAAAAUCUAAAUUUGAUCAAAAAGGGGACGAAGGCUCAGUUUUUUAUAAAAAAUUUUAGUUUUAUAAAUAUUUGAAGUAUUUAUAGUUUCUUUUAAUCUUUAGAAAGAGAAUAGCUCUUCUAAUCUUUGGAAUAAGAUUAAACUUGUGCACAAACUAAAAAAAAA